AUGAGUGCCAAUGGAGGAAUGCCUAACGUCGGGGUCACAACUGCCAAACGUGCUGCCGAGCAGUUCGACCAAGAGUUUCAACGCUAUACGACCAAGCAGACUGGCAAGAGUGCGCGUGCAGUGGCCAUGGCUCGUGCGGAGCUGGCCAAGUACAAUGCACUGGUGUUCCAGGACAAGAAGCUCGAAGAAGCUGGUGCGAAGAAGGGGAGGCUGACGCUGGAGACGCGGGCGGCCUAUGAGAAACGGAUCAAGGAACUUGAAGACGCUCUGGAUUCCUUCCAUCUCUCGGUGGCCGGAUACAACAAGACAAAGGCCAUCUUGUCCUUUGUGCUGCUCGUGGUGUUUGCUCUUAUAAUGUUCUUCCAGCCAUGGGCCAAACACUUUGAAGACCCGACGGACCUCACGUACGAUGAGUACGCGACAAUGGAAGAAGCACCGACUCAGACGGUGGAACUGAGAGACGACGAGCUGUAG